UUUUUUUUUUGGCAAGAAAAAAGCCAAAAAUAGAAUGAUGGGAAAUAAUACCAUGGACGUAGCAACGAGCCACAAAUCCAAGCCCCGGGCCACGGCCUCAUGUCACCCUUGUCGAACUCGCAAAGUGAAGUGUAAUCGCCUGUCUCCGUGUGAAGCCUGCACUACACGAGGAAUCCAGGAGGAAUGCAAGUAUAGUGCUCCGAAUGAAGAUCGACAGGCGAUCGCGCAGGCAGAAAUGAUUACCGAGCUCAGGGGCAAGGUGAACCAAAUCCGGGAACAAAUAGCGCAGCGUUUGGCAUAUCGGUCAUCAUUCGAUGGUCUCGAAGAGGAGGAAGAGGAGGAGGCCGCUGCUAUGGAGAUUGUGUACUCGGCUCUGAGAUUAGGAACGGAGGAUCUGGUUUGGCACAUCGUGGGGAGGAUUCGGAAUGGUGAGGAUUUAAGAGAUUUAGCGAAGGAUGUGGCGCGGGAUAUAGGAAUUGAGGAUGACUUUUCUGUAUGUUUAUAGAUUAUUGAAUUGACUUUGUCCGAUCUCUUAUGCAUACAUAUUGAUUGCGUGGGAAAUGAUAUAACCAGAGCACUGCACUGCCUAACAUGCCACACAGUCAUGUUCAGCUAUAGAAAAACAACUGCCAUUUUUCAUGGCCAAAAUAUUACAAAGAUGAUGCGAGAAGAAAAUUCUCAGCCAACGCCGAGUAACAAACAACAGAAGAAUGAUAUACACCAGGAUUCCACACCAAUGCAUCAGCCACCUAUAGCCGAAAGAAAACAACGCUCCGGAGCUUCUAUAUGCACCCCCCCCCCCCACCCCAAGUC